CCCCCAGACUGUUACUGCUGGCUCCAGUGACUACUUUUUUUCCGUUAGAUCAAUAACUCGAAAUUAAAACAACUUUUCUUCUUUGGAAAUUUAAAACUACCUAGCAAAAGAUGAGUUCCAGCAAGGAUGCAAUCCCCGCCAGCAGCAAAGGCUCCUGGUCAAGUUUCCUCAAGUCUAUCGCCUCUUUCAACGGCGACCUCUCUUCCUUGACCGCUCCACCUUUUAUCCUUUCCUCCACUUCCUUGACCGAGUACUCCGCCUACUGGGCUGAGCAUCCGAACCUUUUCGUGGCCCCAGCUACAGAAGCGGACCCCGAGAAAAGAGCCCUAGCUGUUCUGAAAUGGUUCAUUAGUACCCUCCACCAGCAAUAUUGUACCCGUAGCGAGAAACUGGGUAGUGAGAAGAAGCCCCUGAACCCCUUCCUGGGAGAGCUCUUCCUGGGCAAGUGGAACACUGACGAGCAUGUCGGGGAAACCUCAUUGAUCAGUGAACAAGUCAGCCACCACCCCCCAGCAACCGCCUAUGCGAUUCGGAAUGAGAAACAUGGGGUAGAACUACAAGGUUACAACGCCCAGAAGGCCUCCUUCUCAAGCACCAUUCAAAUCAAGCAGAUCGGGCACGCCCUCCUGACCGUCACCCCACCCAACGCGGAUAAGAACGACCCGGCCCAGAAGGAACAGUACAUUAUCACACUUCCAAGUUUGCACAUUGAAUCCUUGAUCUAUGGAACUCCGUUCGUGGAACUAGAGAAAACGACACGAAUUGUUAGCAGCACUGGCUACGUGGCUAAAAUCGACUACUCCGGUAAAGGCUGGCUAAGUGGAAAGAAAAACACCUUUAACGCUAUCUUAUAUAAGGAGAGCGAAGGAGAGAAGAAGCCUUUGUACACUGUCGAUGGGCAAUGGUCGGAUAAAUUCACCAUCAAGAAUGCCCGAACCAAGGAUGAAGUGGAGACGUACGUGGUUAAGGAUAGCAAGACUACUCCGCUCCAGUUGGCCCCACUGGAGGAUCAAGACCUUUACGAAAGUCGGCGUGCCUGGCGGGACGUGGCAUCGGGCAUCGAGCGGGGCGACAUGGACGCCGUGUCUGUGGCCAAGUCAAAGAUUGAGAACGCCCAACGCGAGCUUCGCAAGGUUGAAAAGUCCGAGGGCCGGGAAUGGGAGCGCCGCUUCUUCAACCGCGUAGAUGAAAACGAGGAUCAGGGACUCUUACAACUUGCUAGAAAGGCCGGCCUUACAUCGCUCGAAGGCGACAAGACUGGUGGGGUUUGGCGCUUCAACCCAGCAAGCGCAGAUGGUGCGAAGCCGCCGUAUCACAAGGCCGGUGGCGAAGGCUUGGGAGUCUCCGCAUGAUUGCCUGAACUUGGUUUGACUUUAUACAAUCCACUUAUAGUUUCAUUGACGGCUAAUGCACCGCAGUGGCAUCUGCGCUUAUAGAAUGCGUUUGCUUGAACAAGUCUCUUUCUUUCUUUUUUUGUUUUUUUUUUUCCUAAUUUAAACCUUUGUUCCAUUCUUGGGUGGGUUCUGAUAGCUUUCGGCUUCUGUAUAUAGAACACGACGAUCAAUACACAGGUUGUCUUU